AUGAAUGAAUUCCACGCCAAUGGUAUGAUCCAUAGAGGAUGCAAUUCCUCUUUUAUUGUGUUGAUUCCAAAGAAGAAUGAGAGUGGCUCUUUGGAAGAUUACAGACCUAUUUAUUUGAUUAACAGUCUGUACAAGGUGAUUGCAAAGACUUUGGCAGGAAGGAUGUCUACAGUCCUUAGCACGAUUAUUUCAGAAAAUCAGAGCGCGUUCUUGAGGGGCCGAUUUAUUCUUGACGGAGUUAUCGUACUGAACGAAACGAUUGAAGAAGCAAAAAGAUCCGGCAAGGGUCGCGUUUUCUUCAAAAUUGAUUUCGCUAAGGCGUAUGAUUCAGUGGAAUGA